UGGGAGCGGCCGCCGGGGCUCGGCAGCCGCCGCCGCCGCCGGGCAUGGCAGCGCCCGGCCCCGGGCCCGGCGAGGCGGCCUCGGGCGCCGGGGAGGCGGCGCGGCGGGACCCGCUGGCCGCCGACCUGCGGUGCAGCCUGUUCGCCGCCGCGCUGCAGAGCUACAAGCGAGACUCGGCGCUGAGGCCCUUCCCGGGCCGCUACGCCAGCGGCGACACCAAGGACUUCGAGGGGCUGCUUGCAGAUAUUGAUGCUCUACCAAGCCUGAAAGAACUUCUGGAAUCUGUUCCAAACACAGACAAAAGGACCUGGGAUUUAUUCAGUUGGAUUCUAUCAUCUAAAGUCUUCACGAUACAAAGUACUAAGAAACAUGAGUACGAGAAGAUCCAGGAGCUCACGGGGAUGUCUGGGGCUGCAGUUCCUGCUCCAGACUAUCUCUUUGAAGUUGUGUAUUGCGAUCAGAUGAAUAGCAAGUUUGCUGAGACCAAGGGAGAGCGGGACCUCAUCUAUGCCUUCCAUGGGAGCCGCCUGGAGAACUUCCAUUCCAUCCUGCACAACGGCCUGCACUGCCAUCUGAAUAGGACGUCCCUGUUUGGUGAAGGCACCUAUCUGACCAGUGACCUGAGCUUGGCUCUGCUCUACAGCCCUCACGGUCUCGGCUGGCAGCGAAGCGCGCUGGGCUCUGUCCUCAGCUGUGUGGCUGUUUGUGAGAUCAUUGACCACCCAGAUGUGAAGUGCCAGGUGAAAAAGAAAGAUUCAGAAGAAAUAGACAGAAAGAGAGCAAGAGUGAAGAACAGCGAAGGGGGGGAUGUGCCACAGAAAUACUUUGUUGUCACAAACAACCAGCUUUUACGAGUUAAAUACUUGCUGGUGUAUUCACAGAAGCAGCAUAGGAGGCCUUCUAGUCAAUCUUCCUGGUUCUACACCCACCGUUUUGCCAUAAUGAUGAUGCUGUACCUGCUGUUGUUGAUAGUGAUUGGGGCCAGCAACUCGCCAACCUUCAUCUACUACUGGCACAGAAUGUUUGACUCGGAGAGAUGAAUCACCCGAGAUAAUGAACUGUUGUUUUCACCACGUGCCUUAAGAAUAGCUGAUCUGCAACGCACUGCAUCUGUUCCAGAGCUCUGGAAAUAGAGGUGCCUGGAGCCUUCCAGUUCUGUCACCAGUGUAUUAAUCCUCAUGGCAUCUCUUCAUUUUAUUCUUAUUUCUGUGUUUCUGUGUUUCAUGAGGAUGCCUGGUACAGCUGAAAAGGAUCAUAGUGGUGCAGCUUAGCAUGAACCAAUGGUUUAGGGUCCAUGGGGAAAAAAGGGUAUUUAAGAUUAAUAAAAACAGUGUGGAAACACUCAGGUGUAACUUAUUUUCUGUCAAUCUGAGAUGUAUGUUUGCACAAGUGGGAAAGGAGAAAUUUUCUGUAUGUCAGGCAAAGCAACCUGUUAGGAGUCUUAUCAGUAUGUUUUCAGAAACUGAAUUUAGUGUUUAGCAUGUAUCCAUGCAGAUGGGAUCACUUUUAAAACUAACUUUGGCCAGGAACUUUUAUAUUUGAGCAUAAGGAUUGUACGAAAACAAAACCAACAAACCAACAAGAAAUAAAACAACUGCCAAAAUGGAAGAAGU